AUGACGGUCAAUGGUAAUGAGAAUACAUCGGUGAAAAGUCCACCAGAAAUUGCCAUCAUAGGUGGUGGCAUAGUUGGCCUCAUCCUCGCAGCUGGCCUUCACCGUCGCGCCGUGUCUGUUACUGUUUACGAGCAAGCGGCUACAUUUCGAGAAUCAGGAGCCGGAAUUGGAUUCAACAUGGCAGCAAAAGCUUGCAUGGAGAUGAUUGACCCCGCUGUAAUCACAGCGCUGCGUCUUUGUGGCGGAGUGUCGUUCUCUUCGGCUGACCCUGUCGACCCUCACGACUAUCUGCGAUGGGUUGAUGGAUGCUCUCCCGAUACCCAGAAGGUUUCUGCUCAAGAUACUGUGGAACUUGCCCUAGGAGGCUGGCAGAGGCUAUAUCUCAAAGCUGAUGCAGGUUACAAGGGAAUCGAAGGCACCCGACGGGAUAGUUUCUUGGAAGAACUUGGGAAGUUGUUUGCGCCUGAUAUGAUCCGAUUCAACAAGGCGCUGGCAGACAUUCAAGAUGUCGGUGAUAAUGAAAAGCUCGUAUUAAAGUUCGAGGAUGGCAGCACGGCAUUUGCCGACGCAGUCAUUGGAUGUGACGGCAUCCGGUCAACAGUAAGAAACUUCAUUCUCGCUGACGGCAUGCCUCCCAGCAAACCAACCUAUGCCCAUGUACAAUCCUGCCGUGCUCUUUUGCCCAUGGCUGAAGCUAUUGAUGCACUUGGCAAGGAAACAGCAGCAAUUUAUCACAAUCAUAUUGGUCCGGGUGCCAACGUCCUGCACUACCCUGUUGCUGGUGGCUCCAUGGUGAAUAUUGCAGUUUUUAUUCACGACGCUGAGGACUGGACAGAUGUGUCAUGGACUACCCGAGAUCGUCCACGAUCUGUACUUGAGGAUGCGGUUAAAGAUUGGAACCCGCGAAUCAAGAGCCUGAUUAGCAAGCUGCCCGAUACUAUUCCUGUGCUUGGUGUAUUUGAUAUGCACGACUACCCGCUGGCCCGCUACUACAAUCGUCGUAUUUGUGUUGCUGGCGAUGCAGCCCACGCCAGCAGCCCGCAUCACGGAGCAGGAGCAGGAAUGGGUAUUGAGGAUGCCCUAUGUCUGUCAUCACUGUUAGCAGAAGUAUCUAGCUCCAUCCGCGUGGGUGAUGCAUCCACAAGUACUGCACUGGAGACGGCGUUUCAGGUAUUUGAUAAGAUGAGGAGGCGACGAAGCCAGUGGCUGGUCAAUAGUAGCAGACGAGUAUGCGAUUUGCAGCAUAGCUCUGACCUUGGUGCUGCGAAUAAGACGGUUCUAGUGGAUGCGGUGUUUGAAGAAAUCAUGGACAGAACGCUCAAGAUUUGGCAAUUUGACUUUAUGGGCAUGAUGCGGGAGAGUGUUGAGUUAUACGGACGGACAAUCAACAAACUGCGUGCUUCAUCAGUUAAGAAAUAG